GAUUCAAAACGGGGAGGAGUCUGACGCCGAGUUCAACUCAGGACGGACUGAAGGACAAACAAGUAGGAAGAUUUGUGAGAGGACAAAGGGAACAACAAAGCUUCUUUUUUUUUUUGACAAAUUCCAGGCUGGAAAAUGUCUUCUGCCACCUUGGCCGCUCGUCGAGUCCUCGCCGCUGCUGCGUCACAUGCAGCUGAGGAGGGAGGAGCAAGGACCUGGAAGAUCCUGACAUUUGUUCUGGCCUUUCCCGGCGUGGGCGUCUGCAUGGCCAACGCCUACAUGAAGAUGCAGCACCACAGCCACCACCAGCCGGAGUUUGUGCCGUAUUCUCACCUCCGCAUCCGCACCAAGAAAUUCCCCUGGGGUGACGGCAACCACAGCCUGUUCCACAACCCGCACGCCAACGCUCUUCCCGACGGCUUCGAGAGCUCAGAGCACUGAGAGCAUCACUCAGUCCGCUCAGCUGACGCAGGCCUCCACCCUCGCUUUGACAAUGUUGGCCAACGGGAGAGGCAGCCCUGUCAUCGAGGGGCUCGAUGGGAAUAAAACCACUUUAUUCUGUGUGAAAAUGAGAACCAUUUCAUUUCUAUUGCAUUUAAAUCCAUGAGAUGUUUGGGAUCUGGAGCAACAACCUGAAUACAGGAAGUACAGCGUU